AAGAGUAUCUCCUUGAGUCGGCUUUUUUUCUCCAUCGGACCAUUCCUCUCGUCGUUUCCCUCGAUUUUCUGCCACGUGCGCUGCUUUCGUCGUCGUUGUAGCGGGCGUCGCGGUGUUUUUUCACGCUUUUCCGUGUUAAAUUCACCCUUUUCCGUGUUUUUUUACGUGUGUGUGUCACGCAAGUGCGGUGCCCCCAAAUUUCCUUGAGCCUGUGAAAUUUUUCGUAUCAAAUGUCGGUUGGUUCAAGCGCCUGUUUUGACAGUAAAUUGUGCCGUCGCGAACUUUCCACGGUUCCGAAAAUCGUUGCCGAUCUCGAUUGAAAUUGUACAAAACGGAUCCCAAAAAGAAUGGCACCUGUCCAAUCAAGACAAUUGUUGAUGUGGAGCUUUCCUACUGCAGUCGUUCUCUUCAGUUAUCUAUACUACAAGAGAAAAAAAGCUUUUUUAAGUUCUGACACUGGUGGAAAAUCUAUAGCUUCCAGCCAGGCUAAUGCUGAUAACGAGUGUUUAGUUGACUCCACAUCGCUUAAAGAAACUCUCGAAUCCAGUAUUCACAACGAUAGCUUCGAUAGCUCUGUCAUAAGUCCCUUGAAAGAAGCAGAAGACGUAAAAGCUGUAAUACAGAAAGUGAUCCGUGACCUAGAGACUAUCGCUCCCAUCCCUGAAAACUCCCCCAUUGAAGAAAUUGUCGAAGAAGUCCUUCAAAUAACUGACACGUCAAAUAUCGAACUCGAAGAAGAAGCCCAGUGUGAAGUUAGUUCCAGUGACAACUCCAGUCAGGUUAUCUCUUGUAAAAACAGUAGUUCUAAAUUGAAAAACUCAUCUGAUAGCAAACUCUGUGAUCAGUCCCUAAAUAAGACUCCCUUCAACGGUGAAUGGGGUGCAUCGGAUGAUGAAAUCAUCCCUGAUUCAACGACUAAAAACAAUGGUGAAUUAAUCACAUCGAAUUCUUGUAAAAAGUGCAAAGACGAUUCCGACUACGUUAAGCUAGGGGACACAUCGGGCAAGAGCGGUAAAAAGAAGAAGAAGAAGAAGAAUCAAGUGGUGGAUAUCAGUAUGUUUUUCAGUGACAACGAAAGGAGACAUAGGUACAGAUCGGACAGCAUGAAUUGGCGAAAGAGGGAUAGUCGGGAACCUAGGAGGAAUAACUAUAGAGGAAAGAAUGAUUAUGAAUGUGAUACACAAGAAAAGCUGCUACAUCGAAAGUUGGAGAAGCUCACGAUGGAUGAAAGGACUCCUUCCAAAUUCAAUCAAACCUCCUUGAGAGACUCCGCAAAUCACAGUCCUGCAGAAGCUAUGAUGCUAGCAAGUCCCACCCUUAGCCAUUGCUCAGAUAAUCAUAGCGAGGGAGGAUCUAGUGACAGUGGUAAAGGUUGCAGUGAAACGGCUACGCCUGCUGGUGGCAGCUCCCUAGCAGGAGAUCACCAGCCCAUAGUAUAUGAAUUUAUUGUACCACAAGUUAUCACCGGCCGCCUUAUCGGCCUCAAAGGACACAAUUUACAUGAACUUAAAGCUAAAUCAAAUACAAACAUUUACGUCAGAAUGCAUCCUGAAUCAAUGGAUCUAAGAAUAUGUGCCAUUGAAGGAGUACCAAGUGAUGUUGACUGUGCUUUAGCUCUAAUUCGUAAAAAGUUCCCUCUAUCCCAAAAUCCAGGUUUAACGUUAGAAAGGAUAUCUCCCAAUGAUUUUAAUUUACAAAUCAAACCAGACUAUUUUCAGUUACAUUUAGUUGAAAACAUGAAUAAUGAUGUCGUAGUGAGUAGUUUGAUUUCUGCCGGUUACAUGUUUCUGCAACAACCAACCCAUCCAACAUAUCAACAGUUAAGUCGACUGAACUUCACAAUGAACGCCAACUACUGCUCACCAGAUGCGCCUGUCAUGACAGAGCCUCAGCUAAAUGCAGUUGUAGCAGCUCCAGCAAUGGGCGGAUGGUACAGAGCUCAGAUAGUGGAAAUCAUCGAAAAUAAUCAGUGUCAAGUUAGAUUCUUAGACUACGGAGGUUACUCAACACUGGACUGUUCUAUGCUGAGGAAGAUCCGUGCUGAUUUCUUAUGUUUACCAUUCCAGGCCAUCGAGUGUGCACUUGCGAACGUAGUGCCUGCAGGAGGCAGUGAAAUUUGGAGUGAGGAAGCUCGUCUGUUCGUCUACGAAAUGACUGUAGGACGAGUGCUGCAAGCUCAAAUCUAUGACUAUGCUGUGGAAACAGGAAUCCCCCUCGUUUACCUUUACUCGACUUUUGACGAUCAGGUCAUUCUCAUCAAUGAAGAACUCGUAAAACGAGGGUUUGCUGAAUUACCUCCAGCUAUCGUACCCCAGGAAUGCCUUGAAGUUGUGAACGAAAUCGUCCCUGAAACUGACGGUGAAAUCCAGCUUGAGGAAUCAGUCGAGAAUGAAGACGCUGAAAAAGCUGAUUCUGGAAUCGCAAAUGAGUCAGGUGAAGUCGCUCAGCCUGAAGAGGACUCAGUACCAGAAACUGAAUCGCUAAAAACUGAUGAUAUCACCUGUGAUGAAACGCAAACAACAUUGAAAGCAGACGAAACAAGUAGUACAGAAGAGGAAACCGUGAAGGAAGAGUAACUCCACUAUUUUUAUCUGAUAUUAUCCUUAGAUGUUUUAUUUUGAUAUCUGAAUUUGUGUAAAAUACUUGCGUACGUAGAAUCGUACUGACGCAUUUGCGUUUAUUUGUUUAUAGUUAAUACUUCGUCGUUGUAAAAGUUAAGGAUUAAGUUGAAUAUUUUCUAGAAGUAUCAAGGAGAUCAUCUUCUUACUAUGUCUAUCUACUGUCAGGCUUCCCCUGUAAAAAUUUCCCCAUUUGACUUUAUUGUACUUUAAUUUUUUUCUCUUACACAUUUUGACUUUUUUAAAGCAAGAAACGUUUGUUACGGAGAUAAAUUUAAACUGUGUCGUAACUAGAUAUUGACGGAAAAUAAUUAUAUUAAGGCAUGAACGUAUCGCAGGCUGGUCAGUUGUGUUGUUUUUAGUUUUUUGAAGAAAACUUCACUAAUAUUUUACUAAGUAACAGUUUCAUUUUUUUUAUUCGGAGCGUCUCCGCUCCCAUCUCUCAUCGAAGCAUUUAUAAGUUUGAAUUGUGCUUUUUUUCCAUUACCAAGUUAGGGGCAAGGGUUUUAAUAUACUGUGGAAAUGAGUAAAAAUUAUCGUUAAUAUAUAGCGCUUUUAGACCUCAAAAUUUAGUUGCUCGUCUUGAAUCAUCUUAUCAUUUGAAUGUUCAGGGUCAAGUCAAGAAUACCUUAUUUCCUUCUGAAAUCAAUCUCUUAGCUUAACAAAAAGGAUCAUCAUAUAUCGCUAUUUUCCUCAUUCACUAUCUGCUCUCUAUUUUUAUUUAAUAUUUUAAUGUGCUCAAUAUAGAUUUUUCGUAUCUCUCUGUGUAUAGGUAAAGUCAGAUAGCUGAUUUCUUUUUUUUUCUCUCACUCAUUUCCAUUCUAAUUCAGAACUUUUCUUUUAAUUGAUUUUGAAAUGGAAGAAGUUUCCCCUUUUCGUUUAGUUCUUUAAGUUUUUUUUUCUUUUUUCUAAGACCCUUACCUCUGUUUUUCCAAAGUUGAAUUUAAUUCCCUGUGAAAAUGUGAUCAUAGUGGCAGUGAUUUUGUCAAUUUAAUUGCUCAUAAUUUCUCCUGUGUACCAUUUACCGUUUAUUUUGAAAGUGACAAAAACAUUCUCUUUCGGCACCAAUCAAUGCUUGGCAGAAAAUGUACUUUAAAUAUAUACUAAAUUGGUUUUUCAAGAGGCCAGUAUUAAUUUGACAGUCUUAAAGUCGAAACUUUUCUGAUGUAAGUUCUUAAUCAUUAGAAGAUUGAAAAGUUAAGACGUCAUUUUUACAGAAUACGAUGUUGUUCCCCUGUUGAGUUUUAUCUUCUUCCUUGUCCGUUGAGGUAAUUAAAUUUUUAAGUUCUCUUUAAAUAUUUUGGAGGAGAUUUGAAAUAACUUGCGUGACCUCUUGCUAUUUUAAUCCAUGGUUGAUCAUCAUUAAAUUUCUCUGAAUUUACCCUCCCAAAAUUGAUUAACAAAUGUACUCAUAAAUAUUCUUUCCCUUGUAAAGGCCAUACUUCAGUUAUUAUAAAUACUCAUCCGGAGACAUGUUUCUCAAAUUCAAAAGCUGAUCAAGUGAAGUCAUGAAGUGAAAUUUGAAAGUAACGUGGUCCAGUUUUUUUUUAAAAACAAAAUUGGACAUUUGAAUUAUUGGCUAGCAAAAAUUUUAGGAAAAAUUAGGAGGUUUCAAAUCGAGAUUAUUAAGUUGUAAAUAACGAUGCGUAAGCAGUAUAAUAAGCACUGUGGCAGUGAAUAGUAAUAAAAAGCACAAUGCUGACUUGUGAUGGCAUUUUAAGUUUCAUGUUUCAUUACUCCAUCGCUAUAUUAAAUUUUUAAAUCUUAAUCUAAUUUGUUUACAAAAUUUCUCGAUAUUCAAAGUUUGACUCAAUCUCUGUUAACAUCUAUUAAAGUGGCACAAAAAGUUUAUGAUGUAUAGCAACAUGAAAUUUCAAAUUCCAAUUUUUCAUAAAAUUUUCAUCCCUUUAUGCCGGAAGAAAAUUUUGCAUUGGACUCCCAGGAGCAACGCUGUGAAUUGAUACAUUUGAAGGCACUAGUUGUCGCAGUAUCUUAUAUAUUCAAUGUAUGGUGUGUUCACAUUACUAUUCACUGCCAUUAUUGGAGUGCUCACAUCAUUUUUGAACUGGUUGUUUGCAAGGAAAAAAAUAACAUUUAUUUGUACCUCAAAACAUGAAUGAUCUAGAGUUUUUAGCUUCGUUUGCUUGCCGAACCCUGAAUGAUCUGGAAGAUUUUUUUCAUCGGUCUUUACCUAUUUUUGAAUGAUGGGAGAGAAAAACUGCAGGGCUGCUAUAGUUAGGGCUAAGUCAGGAAAUUCUAAUUUGUUUAAGGAACUCUUGUGAAGGCCAAGAAUCUUUUGGAACAUACGCGAUACUUGGAAAAUUUAAUUAUUGGAGCAUGUAUCAACAAAGAAAAUCUUCAGGAAAAUUUACUACCCUAUCAAAACUCUUGAUUAAAUACUCGUCCUUUAAAUUCCGCGAUAAUUGUAGGAAUUUUCUUUAAGUUGACCGAAAAUGACUGAGAAUUUUAUUUCUCAGAUGUGGCAACCCUGAAGUUUUUAUUCUCGGGAAGAUGUUUUUAUGCUCGCAUCUUUAUUUACGUACUCCUAACUUUCUGAAUUUAAAAUUUUCUUCAGCCUCUUAAUUUUAGAAUGCAGGGUCCGUGUUUCAUCCCUCAUUUUUGCAAUUGUAAAGGCAUUGUUUUGCAUUGUCAUUUAUUGUGUUGUUAAAUAGUGAUAUCUCAAAAUUUAUAUUGAAAUUUUAUCAUUUUUGCAGAACAACUGUCUUGUAAUGUCUAUGUUUGCUAAGGGCAGAAGAAAUGGGUUAUAACUUCAAAUUAUUUUUUUGCUAAAACUGGCAUCGAUUUUUUUAAAUUGUAUUCUGAUGUCAAUUUAUUCCUUCACCUGUUUGGCUCUUCAGCUGUAUCGUAGUUCUUUGAUGAUCAGUUCUCAGAUGUCCAUCUAACACAUCUGAAGUCACGCUCUAUCUUGAAGUCAGUGUAUUUCCCUUUAUUAUCGGAGCUACGGUAACUGACAAAAUAAUUUUUACUGUUGCAAAUUGGUAACCUUGGCUUGCAAGUAUAAAAAAGAAAUGAAAUCCUAUUUAUUUUUAUGGCGAAUGAUGAAAUUUUAAGUGAGCGUGUGUUGUUACUUGUGAAACGGAGAAAGUGUGGUCGAAAUUUUGAAUGAGUUAGGUAGGAGCCUUUUUGAAAGUCCCUCCUUAUUUUUUUAUCCCCUUCGCCUUUUCAUUUGCCUGAGUAAUAAGUCCAUGUAUUUUUUUAUUCAUUUAUCGUAUUUAUUUUUUUAUUUUUGUUCCGACUGUUUGAGGUAUAUUUUCUAUGCCAAGACUGACUCAUGGAAAAGAUGUUUAGCCUGUAAAAUGCUAUAUUUAAAUGCAUCUGGAAGUUUUUAAGACUGAACAUUUGUAUAAAUUGAAAAAAAGGAAAAAAACAAUAAAUUAUAACCUGUAAAUAUUCAUAA